AUGUCUCAAACAGUCUUGAUCUCCGGCGCUACUGGUUUCAUUGCCGCCCACACCGUCCAACAAUUGUUGCAGAAGAACUAUAAAGUGGUUGGAUCAGUGAGAUCCACCGAGAAAGGUGAAAAGCUCAAGAAAUCCUUGAACGAUCCAAACUUCUCCUAUGAGGUUGUCAGUGACAUUGUUGCUGACGGUGCCUUCGAUGACUUUGUCAAGAACCAUCCAGAGGCUACCGUUUUCCUCCACACUGCCUCUCCAUUUCACUUUAAUAUCACUGAUAUUGCUAAGGACUUGUUGGAGCCUGCAGUCAAUGGUACCAAGAGUGCCUUGUCUGCCAUCAAGAAGUACGGUCCUCAGAUCAAGAGAGUGGUGGUGACCUCGUCGUACGCUGCCAUUGGUGACUUUGCUAGUCCUCAAUCUUCUAAGAACGUCGACACUGAGGAUACCUGGAGUCCAUUGACCUGGGAAACCAGUUUGGCCAACCCAUUGGUCGGAUACUGUGGCUCCAAGACUCUUGCCGAGCAGGCUGCAUGGAAAUUUGUCGAAGAGGAGAAGCCUAACUUUAUCUUGUCCACUGUUAACCCAGUAUACGUCUUCGGCCCCCAGCCAUUUGAUGAGCAGGCCGGUGCUGAAAGCUUGAACACUUCUUCUGAGAUUAUCAACUCUGUUCUCAAGGCCACCUCCGAGGACAAGAUCCCAAGUCAUGUUGGAGAUGCUGUUGAUGUUCGUGACGUUGCUGCUGCACACAUUGUCGCUUUCGAGAAGGAUGAUGCUAAGGAGCAGAGACUCUUGCUUACAUCGGAGCCAUUCACUCAACAAGACAUUUUGGACAUUUUGCACAAGGACUUCCCUGAGGAGACCAAGGACCUUCCAGUUGGUACUCCAGGUAGUGGCAAGGAGAAGUUCGAGACCAAGAACACUCUUGACAACUCCAAGACCAGAAAGAUUUUGGGUUUCACUUUGAAGACUUUGGAGGAGACUGUUCACGACAGUGUUGAGCAGCUCUUGAAGGUUAGAAAGUAA